GAUAAGAUACAUCAACUCAAAUUAAAAUCACAUCUCUAUUGUUGCUGAAUGUGUAUCGUAGUUCUCUAAAUUCUGAAUCUGUUGGGUCAGAGGACUUUGGCAAUGCCAUAACAUCAAUACCACUGAUGUCUUGACUAUCUCAUUUUUAUUCAAUUAAGUUUAAACUUUCAAUGUUUGCAAUUGCUAUCAUCCUUUUUCAUUCCACUAUGCUUUAUUGAUUCUUUAGAGGAUAUUUCUCGUUGUAGCUUACAGGUUAAGUGUUUAAGAUCUCUCUAUAGUAACUAAUAGUUAUUUACUGUUAUCCUAUGAGACCAUAUAUUUUAACUAUUAUCAUGCUACAAACUAAGAAAAACAAAAAAGAGGUUUACAAACAUUUGCAAAUCCAUUUGCAAAAAGUUCCCCUGCCGUGCGCAGAACGAAAGUCAAAGAUGUUUCAUUAUAUAUGAUUGAUGCUGCCAAGGAAAAUGCUCACUUAGCUCAAAAACUACAUGAUGUUCUACUUGAAAGUGGUGUCAUUGCUCCUCCAAAUUUAUUUUCUGAAAUUUAUAACGGGUUAGGCUCCCCAACUGAAGAAAAAGAUGAACACAAACCAGAAAGUGGACAAGAGACUACUUUGCCUCACCACAGAGUUCAUCCGAAAGGAAGUUCAAGCAGCCAGCCAGAGCACUCUAAGCCUGUUGAAGGUUUAGGAAUAAACCACCUUCUUGAUCCGAAGUUAGCAGCUGUACAACAUACACCAUCCCAGGUAACAUAUGGGAAAAAUAUUCCAGUUGCGGCGGCUGCAGCAGCAGCUGCUGCUGUUGUUGCUACCUCUAUGGUAGGUGCUGUAGCAAAGUCAAACACUGACUCGAACAUUGAGCUUCCCGUAGCUGCAGCGGCCACUGCAACUGCUGCAGCUGUAGUAGCAACCACUGCAGCUGUCAGCAAACAGUAUGAGCAAGGCAGUCGAAGUGACGGACACAUGGAUGGCACUGGUUAUGAGCCGAAGGGUAGAAUAUUGUGUUAGGAGCAAAUUCAGGUGAUAGAAUAUCUGAUAGAUCUAUAGUAAGCAAUGACAGUAUAAAAUCUGAUUUUAUAUUAGAUGAUGUUGCUGAAUAUGACAUUCCGUUGGAGGAAAUCACACUGGCUGAACGUAUCGGACUUGGAUCGUAUGGGGAGGUAUACCGUGGUGAAUGGCGUGGAACAGAAGUUGCUGUAAAAAGAUUUCUUGAUCAAGAUAUAUCUGG